AUGUCCUCGUCCCUCCAGUCCUCCCCCGCAUCAUCCUCCACCUCGCUCAACAACGUCGCAAAACUCGACUCCCAUAGUACAAGCGACGGUGGCUACAACUCGGACACCUCCGCGACCUCCUCCGACAGCAUAUCGCGCGCGCGCUCCCGCUCCCCGCUCCAGAAGCGAAAAGCCCCUCCCGCGCCGCUAGAGACCGUCCCCAGCAACGGCUACCUCUCCCCGCCAACGCCAGCCAGCGUAUGGCGUAACUUCUCACGGAGCCCGAGUCCCCUUGGCUUGAUCCCUAUCCACAGAAAGUUUUCAUCUCUGAUUCACCGCCAUGAGGUGCCCCGAAAGCUCCUCCACGUCUCGAUCGGCUUCAUUGUGCUGCACAUGUACCGCACCGGCUACCAGCCCACGACCAUCACCCCGCCGCUCAUCACGGCGCUGAUCCCCAUCGCGAGCGCAGACCUGCUGCGCUUCUACUCGCCCGAGUUCAACAACCUGUACAUCCGCUGCCUGGGCGCGCUCAUGCGCGAGUCCGAGGUGGCGGGCUGGAACGGUGUCGUGUGGUACCUCGUGGGCACCAUCACGGUGCUGACCGUCUUCCCCAAGGACAUCGCCGUGCUGUCGAUCCUGCUGCUGUCGUGGUGCGACACGGCCGCGUCGACGGUGGGCCGCGCAUGGGGGCGCUACACCCCGCGCAUCAGGCGCGGAAAGAGCUUGGCGGGCAGUCUGGCGUCGUUUGUGGUGGGCGCGGUGACGGCGGCGGUGUUUUUCGGCGUGGUGGUGCCUGGCACGCAGAGGUGGGGUGAUGAUCCGGUGAAUGCGGUGACGUGGGCGGGGAAGUUGGGUGUUGAGGGGAUGCAGUUGGAGGGCGGGUGGGCGCUGGGCUUGAUGAGUCUGGUGACGGGAUUGAUUGCGAGCGCGAGUGAGGCGGUGGAUGCGUUUGGGUUGGAUGAUAAUGUGACUAUUCCGGUGCUGAGUGCGGUGGGCGUGUGGGGGGUUAUGAAGUUGUUUGGGUAG